AUGAGAUAUGUCGCAGUGUCCGGAGGAGUCAUCUCAGGCAUCGGCAAAGGUGUCAUUGCUUCCAGUACGGGCCUCUUGCUCAAGACACUCGGCCUUAAGGUCACCUCUAUCAAGAUUGACCCGUACAUGAAUAUCGACGCAGGAACCAUGUCGCCUAUCGAACACGGCGAAGUCUACGUCCUGGAUGAUGGCGGUGAAGUAGACUUGGAUCUUGGCAACUACGAGCGAUACCUCGAUGUCACCUUGACCCGUGAAAACAACAUCACGACUGGUAAAAUCUACCGACAAGUCAUUGAACGCGAGCGCAAGGGCGAUUAUCUAGGUAAAACUGUUCAAGUCGUGCCGCACAUCACAAAUGCCAUCCAAGAUUGGAUUGAGCGCGUCGCCAAGAUCCCCAUCGAUGAAACAGGGGAGGAGCCUGAUGUCUGCAUCAUCGAACUUGGUGGUACCGUCGGUGAUAUUGAAUCCGCGCCCUUUGUUGAAGCACUGCGACAGUUCCAGUUCCGCGUCGGACAUGAAAACUUUGCCCUCAUCCACGUUUCCCUUGUACCUGUUGUCUCGGGUGAGCAAAAGACCAAGCCAACACAAGCGGCCAUCAAGGAUCUGCGAGGACUCGGUCUGACGCCCGACUUUAUCGCUUGUCGUUGCCCACAACCUCUUGAACGCGCAAGUGUUGAAAAGAUUGGCAUGUUUUGCCAUGUUGGUCCGGAUCAGGUCCUUGCCGUUCAUGAUGUCGCCUCGACCUAUCACGUCCCACUCCUUCUGGAGGACCAAAAACUCAUCAAAUCACUCGGCAAGCGUCUUUGUCUCGACAAGAUUGAAAUUACCGAUGCACAAAAGCAAAAAGGCAGUCGGCUUUGGCAACGUUGGCAAGGCUUGACCGUAGCGCACGACAGACUCUUUGAUAAAGUCACCAUUGUGCUCGUCGGCAAAUACACCAAAGUCCAAGACUCCUACAUUUCUGUGGUCAAAUCACUCGAACACGCCGCUCUAGCGUGCAACCGUAAGCUCAUUCUCGAAUGGGUCGAUGCGUCGGAUUUGGAGCAUGAAGCAAGUGGCACGGAACCGAAAAAUUAUCAUCGCGCUUGGCAUAUGCUCUGUAGCGCAGAUGGCAUCAUUGUUCCUGGUGGAUUUGGUACGCGUGGCACAGAAGGUAUGAUUGCAGCUGCUAAAUGGGCGCGAGAAAAUCAAAUCCCUUACUUGGGUGUCUGCCUUGGUCUUCAAAUUGCAGUCAUUGAAUUUGCGCGCAAUGUGAUGGGUCUUCGGGAUGCGCAUUCAGCGGAAUUGAAGGAAGAUACGACGGAACCACUUGUUGUAUUUAUGCCAGAGAUUGACAAGGACACGAUGGGUGGUAAUAUGCGACUUGGUCUGAGAGGUACACACAUGCAACCCGACACACAGUGGUCAAAGCUCCGGAAGCUCUACAAGAUGGACCAAGUCGUGCAAGAACGUCAUCGACACAGAUACGAAAUCAACCCUGAGUACGUCGAGCGUAUUGAAAAGGCUGGCUUGACGUUUGUUGGCAAGGAUGAGACGGGUUUGCGAAUGGAAAUCUUUGAGCUCAAGGAACAUCCUUAUUACAUUGGUGUACAAUAUCACCCGGAAUACCUCACUCGGCCGCUUGCCCCGUCACCACCCUUCUUGGGACUUGUGGCUGCUGCUUCAGGCAAGCAAGUGCUCGAUGACUUCCUUAGCAAAGGAACAUUGCCGCAGUUUUCCGGCCGCAGUCGAUCCUUCUCGUCCCAACAAGGUGGCAUCAGCAUGACAGAGAUUCGUAAUGUCAACGCAAACGGCUCGUCACCGACGCAGAAGAAGCGUGAAUAG